AAUUUGUUUUGCGUUCGUGCCUAAGGGAAAUUUUUUUGGUUAUUUAAAAUACCACAGAGUGGAUCUUCCGAAAUAUGGAAAAGUCCAUGUUGGGUGGAGGUAAGAUUUAAGUAAAUUUAUUUAUUUCGAUGCAUUCGAAAUUAUGCUAAUUUGACAUUAUGAGCUAGCUACGUUACAUUCCGAGGGAUCCUUGAACGCCAACGCUUAAACAUACAAACCGCAUCUGUCAGUUUUUGCUGUCAUUAUGUUCACAGUGUCGAACCAUAAUACUUAACUUCAGUAUGAUAAUCAUCUCAGCUGAGUUGACGCUCGUCGUUGUGUGACACGAUGGCCUGAGAAGCUCCAAGUGCGUCUAAAGGUGUUGAUUUGAAAUCAGUAUAGGUAAGGGAACAUGGGCUGUUGUGUCUCCAAAGGGAGGCCUGUCCGAAGUUCUUCAGAGGACGAUCUCGAAGCGGGACAACAAAAUCUGACUCUAAGUGAUAAAGAAGCAAGUCAGACAUCCUUGCAGCCAGCAGUUGAUGUGUCACACCCAGCCCAUGAACUGAAAGCAUCCAGUGAAGAGUUUCAUCUUUCUUUGCCGCAAUAUGAAACACCCGAACAGGAACUGCAUAAGAAAGCUGUCCCUGGAUCAAGUAGUUCCUUAGAUGAGCUAUGUGGGAGAACCAAAAUUAAAGCAGACAAAGAAGAGCGGUUCUCAAAGAUUAGCAAAAAGUUAUUUGGUAAGAAAGAAAAAGAAACUUCCAAACAGGAUGAUCAAGUUUCCAAAUCAGCUGAAAAUGUGCCUAAUGGCAAGAAGGACCUAGUGGAAGAAACCGAUGUGGAUAUCGAAAUUUGUCCAAUUGACCAUAUUCCAGACACUGAAGAACAAGAUAUUGAUAUUUACCCCCUUGAUGAUAAUGAUGGGAAACCUGAUACUGUCAGUGGAACCGAUAAUCAUCUUGUUAAUGGUUUAAGUGACCAACAUGCUUCCACAGAUCUAGAAUUUCAAAGCGAUGUUGAUAGAAAAAAAAUUGUGAAUGCUGCAGCAACUCAGAGAAUAGUUAAUGAUGUGGAUGCUGAAGUUGAAAAAUCAGCAGAAAAACUGCUCUUCUUGGACAAUGUUUACCAUCAGGUUUUGUCAGGAAACAUGAGUGUGACAGUUCCUAAUUCAGCCAAGAUAGUAAGAAUAUUCACCAGUUCCACUUUUACAGAUGCAAGAGUCGAGCAGAAUGCUCUGAUGAGCCGAGUUUAUCCCAAACUGAGAGACUUCUGUCAUGAGAAAGGUUAUGAGUUUCAGGUGGUGGACAUGCGCUGGGGUAUUCACGAUCCAUGCACUGAUGACCACAUGUUUAGUGAGGUUUCAUUAGAAGAGCUCAGUCUUUGCCAGGAGCUUUCAACUGGUCCCAACUUUGUGACAUUUUUGAGUCAUAAGUACGGUUAUCGUCCUUUCCCUCGCACUAUUCUUGCCUCUGAGUUUGACUCCUUGUUCGCUGCCGUUGAAGAUGAAGAUGAAAAGCAACUCUUACAAGUUUGGUUCAAGCGUGAUGACAACGCCAUCCCACCGGAGUAUAUCCUUCAACCAAUCAGCAGCCAGUUUACAGACUUCUUCGAUCCUCCCAGUGUCGAAGCCAGGCAACAAGCGCUAAAGGAAUGGUGGGAAGUUUUCCUCAACCUGCAAAAUGCCCUGCGGAAGGCAGCUACAAAGACGCUGCCUGAAAAUGCAGUGCAUAAGUACUUACAUUCUGACUCAGAAGAGGAGAUAAAGAAGGGAAUUUUAGAAAGGAAUUCCUCAAGCUCACAGGCGUUUUGGUUCAGACGCAACAUAACAGGUAUAGAAGGGAACCUCAACAAUCCCCGUGCAGCAAAGUAUGUGGACGUUGAAGAACUUCCACUGAAAGUGCGUGGUAAAGGAGCUGCAAAAGGGUUGGACAAGUCCGCAAAGGCUAAUCUUAAGUCACUGAAAGAAAAUCAAAUCCCCAAAGAACUUGCUGAUAGUAAUAUCGCUUCGUACAACAUUAAUUGGGGUGAGAAAGGUGUUGAUACUCACUCGAAUAAAGAACACGCUCAAUAUAUUGAAAACCUGUGUCAAUACUACAAUGAAAAGAUGAAGAAAAACAUUGAGGAAGCUGUCAAAGAGAAGAGAAAUACUAAAUGGGACAAUGAGGUGUUUGAAGAAGCUGCUCAGCAUGUAAUAAACUGUAAAAAUCUUUCCUCCUCCUCCACUUGUAUUCCCAGUAAAGCGCUUGAUGCCAUCAAGGACUACAUUACAGGGCAAAGCAAUUCUCCGCUUGUUAUUCAUGGAAAGCAAGGCUGUGGUAAGACAUCGUUGAUUGCAAUGGCGGCUAAUUCAUGUCAGACAUGGUAUGGAGGUGAAGUAGCAACUGUUGUACGUUUCCUUGGCACUACGCACCACUCUUCGAAAGUGCACUCACUUUUACGAAGCAUUUGCCGCCAACUUUGUCUUGUUUAUAAAGCAGAUUCCAAGAAAGUGCCACAGGACUAUCAAAAUCUAGAAAAAGAAUUCCAUGUCCUGCUUCGAAGAGCCUCUCCAUCUCAACCGUUGGUGGUGUUGUUGGAUUCAUUGGAUCAACUAUGGAGUUAUAAUAUCAAGCGAGAGUUGUCAUGGCUGCCAAAUAAGCUGCCUCCUCACGUAAAGAUUGUCCUCACUUGUUUGACUGGAGACCAGGCCUUUUCCUGCCUUAAGGGAAAUGUUGCUGAUGAGAGCCAUUUUGUUGAGAUUCAAGAGUUGACUGAUAUCGAAACAGUGAACAUCAUGAAACUAUGUUUACAAAACAGCAACAGGAAGCUGACUGAACCACAAGAAAGCCUCUUGCUGAAGCAGGUCUCAAACUGUCGAUCUCAGCUUUACUUAAAGCUCGCCCUAGAACAGGCUCUCACGUGGAAAUCAUAUACCGCUUUGGAAGAGGCAAGUCUCGGUGCUUCAGUUCGAGAGAUGAUCAUCUCCCUGUUCGAACAUCUGGAAGUUAAACACGGAAAGGAGGUGUUCCAACACAGUCUUGCGUACAUAACCGCCUCCAGGAGAGGAAUAAGCGAAGCAGACUUGGAAGAUGUUUUGUCUUGUGAUGAAGUUGUGUUAGAUAAACUAUUUUCAAGUUGGGCUCCACCAAUUCGACGUCUUCCUUUGUCUCUUUGGUUACUAAUUAAAGCUGACGUAGGCUGCUUCCUUGCUGCACACGUUGAAAAUGGAGUCCGUUUGAUCACUUGGGCACAUCAGGAGUUUCAUGACAUUGCCAUGGAGAAAUUCUUGUUCUCCGAUGAUAAGGACCUUCAACGCUUUCAUUCGGAGCUAGCUGAUUAUUUUAUCGGUCGAUGGACUCAAGGUGCAAAGAAAGGAGACGGGAAGGGGAACGUGAAAGAACGCCAUCUUCCUCGUCAGCCACUUCAGUUUGCCGAUAAUGUGUUCAACUACAGAAAGAUGAAGGAACUCCCUUUUCACUUGCUGAAAUCUGACGAUUUUGAGAGGCUCAAACAGAGCGCCCUCUGUAACUUUGAAUUUCUUUCAGUUAAACUGAAAGCUACCUCAGUCCAUGACGUUAUUGACGACUUUAUUGAGGCUCUGGCUGUCAGACCAGACGACCCAGAUUUAAAGCUUGUUUUUGAGACAUUGCAACUUUCUAUGGAAGCCUUAAACGUAUCUACAGACCAGUUGUCGUCACAGCUCAUCGGACGUUUAUCCUCCUCUCGUUCCCCAUCUCCCUUCAUUUCUCGACUUUUGCGUCAAGCUCAUCACCCUUCCAAUCCAGCUCUAAUUCCCAACGUCCGUUGUCUUGCACGACCAGGUGGAAGACUGGUACACUCACUGCCAAGUCUUCAUGGAUCUCUCGUCCUCAGCCAAAAUGGCGACAAAGCCAUGAAUGGAUCUGAUGACCAGCUUAUUACCCUGUGGAACGUGAAAAGUGGCGAGGUUGAAAAAACUUUAGAUACAUCCAGACCAAUUCGCUAUUUGGAGUUCUGCCUUGAUGAACAGUUUGUAAUCGCAUCUUGUCAAGGAUCACUGCAAUUUUGGAAUCUUGACAAAGCACAAAUGGUUUGGGAAAUCCCUAGCACAGAAACGCCUGCUCCGAUAGCAGUUGCUGGAAUCCGCGACACUUUGGUGGCGAUUCUAGAUAAGGUUAUCAAGUUUGUGAACCUGACCGAUGGAACACUCACGAGGGAUUUUGUGGAUAAGAAGUUCCUCCAUGACAGAAUUGCUGGCCUUGGGAAUAGCGUUGCCUUUGCAAGCUCCACAGCGGCCUACGUUAGAGUCUACGAUCUCAAUACGAAGGACAUUCGUUUGUCUAUUAAGGUGUCUGGGGAAGACUCAGUGGAUGUUGUGAAGAAAUUGAUUCUUACUCCAUUCCACGGGGGUCAGCUCAUUGUGUCUCUAGAAAAGUCCAGUAGUGUGCGAGUGUUUGAGUUGAACACUGGAAAGUGUCUUCACAUCCUAGGACCGGAUAUUCUGUACCCUGCUGUAACUAAGAAUGGGCGCCAUAUGUUGUGCACCAACAAUUUCAAUGACAUUGCAAUCUGGAACUUGGAAACAGCUAUUAAGGAAAAGCAGGUGCUAAAGCAUCCCCCAACGACUGCCAUUGUGAGAGUUUCCUGUGUUGAUUUGAAGACGGUAGUAACAGUCUCCGAUGACCUAAUGGCACGUGUAUGGGAUUUGGAAACCCAAGAAGGUUCUGAAGUCUGCUUUGAGGACAACAAAGAAACGAACAGCAUCCAGCAGCUAAUACCAAUUAAAAGCAGUGUUCAAAAGCAAGUUAUCACCAAGUCAAAGACUCCUGGUCCCAUCUGUGUAUGGAAUUUGAGUUCAUGUCAGAUAAUUCGAACCUUGAAUAACACCAAUGCAGAUGAAAUUUUAGUUGUCGAUGACACUCGUGCUGUCAUUCGUUGUGGAACUAAACUUGCUAUAAUCGACCUUCAGGAAGGAAAACUGAUCAAGCACAUGCGAUCUGACUUUCCCCCCAAAACGGAUAAAGUCCACCGUCACGCAAGCUCCUUGUACAAGCGUCGAGAUUUAGCUCUGCGGCUGGCCGAAAGUCCAAGAGUGCCUGCUCUGUCAACGACUCUGAAAUUCAGCGAUUGUGCUUUGGUUGGCACAACACACGUACUCAUCCUCUCCAAAGAUCGCUUGUAUCUUAAGUUGGCUUCCAUUGACACAGGAGAACUUGUAGCGAAGCUUAAAAGCGGUCUGAACGCUAUCAUCGAAACAGUGAUGGUCAGCGGCAACGGCUUGGUUGCAGUGUGUUCAUGUGAGAAUGCUCCACUUAUAGUCUGGGACCUGAGAGACAAAGCCAAGCGGUACACGUUACAAAUCAGUGGUCACUACCCAGGUUUGACAACUGCUGACAUAAGCUACAAUGGCCAUUACCUAGUUGACGUUACCAGGUUAGAGAAGACACGAAAAUCUGUGGUUACGUGGGAUCUGGAGACGGGCAAGGUCAAACACAUCAUUGGUCAUGGGAUGAAUGUCUGGAAUGUGGUAGUGUCCUCCCUGAGCAUGCGUAUGGUUGUGGCGGGAAGACUUGGCGCCAACGAGACCUUGCGGGUGUAUGACUUGGUCACCGGUGAAUUUUACCACCAACUGAAUGGUCACAUAGAACCUGUCAAAGGUGUUUGCCUGUCUAGAGAUGGAAAACGGGCCUUGACCUACGUUCCUCUUGGCGUUCGUGAUCGCACUGUUCGCAUAUGGAACCUAAUGUCUGGUACUCUUCUUGCCUGCUUUACUCCAGACCUUCCCGUUUCCAGCUGCAUCUUGACGGAUGAUGGAGAUCAAGUUGCCAUGGUAAUCAACAAGUCCCGUCCAAUCGUAUCAUUGGCCUUGUCACAUGAGGUUGGUUCACGUGAGCUGUCUGUUGAUGUAUCAAAUCCUUACUUCAGCCACCCCACCCUGCAUGGAGCCGUGUUUGAUAUGAAUGAGGAGCUCAAAUGGGAUAAUGAUGAUGAUGAUAACAGUGACAACGAAACAGAAGUUGAUGUAUGAAUCUGUUCGUUGUCCAACGAUAAAAUGCAAGCGAAUGUGUGGUUAUAAUUACUCGUUAUGACUAGGUGCUUAAAUUUUAAACCAGUAGUUUUUUUUUAAUCGCAAAGAUGUUAAUUGGGCUAUUUGAGAAGCUAGAGAUUAUCGAAGUCUAGUUAUUUCUUUACUUCAUUCAUGGAUUAACCUUUUUAAUUCCACAGUGAACCUUGUUUAAAAAGAUUUUAUUCCAAUCGUUUUAUUAAUCGAUUUCCUUGAAAAUUGUUUUGUACGUUUUAGCAGACUGGCCAAUAGAAUUUUUUUUCAAGGGAUUAAGACUAGGCGAUUGCCAUUUGCGAUGAUAAGUGGAGCACAUGGCCAUUUUGGUUGCAUAAUCCAAACGCAGUAAAAAGACAGAGAGAUUUUUAUCAUAGGAAUAUAUGUAAAUAUUAUAAUUUACACACAAUCAAGAACGUUUUUUCUCUUUUAAAGUAUUGUCUCAUGAAAGGUUCUCGACCUUUUUUAGGAAAACUAAUGGAAUGUAUGGAGUUUGUGAAGUUAGGAUUUUAUAAUUUGCUUUUACAAAAUGCGACAAAAAAGAUGGUCUGCUUAGUUUUGAGGUUACGUCUGUUUCUAUUCCUUUUUUACAGAAAUUUUUGUAACGCACUCCGAAUACCUUUUACAGCUUCUGUAGUAGCAUUUAAUCUCAUUGUUCCUCAAUUGAUAUUAUUUAUGAUAGAGCUAAAUUUUAUACUUUAAGUAGAAGAAAGUAUCUGGAUCGUUUAAGUCUUUUAAUUUAACUUUUACUGAGAGAACAUUUUAAAAUUGACUUAAAUUGAGUUUUGCGAAACUGUACUUUUAAGAGCAAGAGGAAUGUUUCCCUUAAUAGAACACAUGAUUUGGUGAUU